CUGAGGAGGCAGCGGAGAAACAGCAUAGCGUCGGCUCCCAUGGUUGCAUGGGUAUUUCGAGCUGCCUUUAACCGCAACAAAGACAUCGUGGCUUGGUUGUUGAAACAUCUGUAACAGCACUGGAAUAACGUAGCUGUCAACAGCGGAGGAAAAGAGAGGAGACGUUUCUUCUAAUUUCGAAGAAAACCCCGCUGGGAAAAGUAGCAUUUGGUGGCAAGUAGAGUCGCUGCUCGAUGAUGUGCAGACUUCUUUCUUCCUGAGAGCCAAUGAAUCUUGGGCAGGAAGAUCAAUUCUACCCCGCUUCAAAGAUGUGAAGCAGGGUGUUAACACCUGGAUGUCAACACCUGUUCUGCAGUGAAUGAUUGCAAGUCAAAGAAGGACCAGAUGCAGCUCACAAUGAAGACAUCUGUGGCAUGAAACUAGAUCUGCCCCUCAUUUCCUGCUCCUUCAUUUCCUUCCAUCACCCUUCACUUAGUAACUCUAACUUCAGCAACGCCGCAUUGAUGAGGUAACGUCGAGCUCCCGCUCCGCAGCACCUACUGCACAUAUACCACAUUGCCUUCCUCCCCUUCUCCUCCCACCAACCCUUUCAUCACAGCCAUGGGUCAGAAGAUUUCAGGCAGCAUUAAAUCAGUGGAUAGUCGUGGGGAAAGUGGCGGCUCUCCGUCGUACCGACCCACGGCUCAUCGCCGCCAACACCUGGAGCUAAGGGGUCCAGAUUUCUCUAAGCCACCCAGGCUGGAUCUCUUGUUGGACAUGCCAUGCGCUGGACUGGAGACGCAGCUCCAUCAUGCAUGGAAUCCAGACGACCGCUCCCUCAACAUCUUCAUCAAAGAGGACGACAAGUUGACAUUUCACCGACACCCAGUUGCUCAAAGCACGGACUGCAUCAGAGGACGGGUUGGAUACACAAGGGGUCUUCAUGUGUGGAAGAUCCACUGGCCUUCGCGGCAGCGAGGCACCCACGCUGUGGUGGGUGUGGCGACCUCGGAAGCUCCUCUACAUUCUGUUGGGUACACCGCUUUAGUGGGUUCGGACUGUGAGUCCUGGGGCUGGGAUCUGGGACGAAACAGACUCUACCAUGACAGUAAGAACCGGUCCCACAGUUCGCUGCCUUCGUACCCUUGUUUCCUAGAGCCAGACGAGUCAUUCACACUCCCGGACUCUCUCCUAGUGAUUCUGGACAUGGAUGAAGGGACGCUUAGCUUUAUGGUGGAUGGACAGUAUCUAGGAGUUGCAUUUCGAGGCCUGAAAGGAAGGAAGCUGUAUCCCAUCGUGAGUGCCGUGUGGGGACAUUGUGAAAUAACCAUGAAGUAUAUCAACGGCUUGGAUCCUGAGCCCCUGCCGCUCAUGGACCUGUGUCGACGUGCGGCCCGCCUGGCGUUGGGUCGGGAACGGCUCAAGGAAAUUGAGAGCCUCCCUCUGCCCCAGUCCCUCAAAAAUUACCUCCAGUACCAGUGACUGACACCGGCAGAUCCAACUGGGACAACAAGGACACAGAGCAGGCCACCAGAGAUUCUGCAGAUGGACGAUGAAAAGGUGAACUUGAGGUCGCACAGAGGGGAUGAUUGAUUGAAGAACGUCCACACUGGAGCACCGCAACUCUCAUGAAUCCGUACAAGGACGGAUAAGGACGAAGGCAGAUGAACUGGGGGGGAGGAGAGGGAAUUCAGGCUUUCCAACAAUCGGACCACACCAGCUUCUUCUUCUUUCUUUUUUUUUUUAUUUUAGGCUGCUUUUUUUUGGUUUUAGACUUGAAAUAAAUUAUUGAUGACAGCGUCACAUCAGUGUCUCUUUCAUCCAGACUGAAAGCCCAUCCUCUGAUGGCACAGCGCUGUUAGGUGGCAAAAGCAAACAUCGCCAUCUAGUGGUUAGAAUAAUAAAAAGAAAAACAAACAGGAGAAAGUAAGCACACUAAUCCAUCCAUGGAGGCCUUUCUGACAUACACUCACUGACCAUAUCAUUGCAGCUGAUGUCUGUUCAUAAUCCACACUGGCACAGGUGGCCGGCGGCAGAAUCAGAAAUGUCCAAAAGGAUUUUUAGCACUGAUGUAUUUAUGUGACUGACCCCAGGUCUGCCCAUCAGCUCACACUGCAGACAGAUUACAUCAGCACACAUCUGGGAGGUGUGUGUACAGAUCCACACAAUACAUCCUUAUCUGAAGAGAAUGAAGCCCUUUUCAGACAUUUAAUGCUUUUGAUCGCACUCUUCUUAAUCCUUCUUUUUAACACUCUAAAUUAAAACAUUCUUAAUCGACUCCUUAGCAUGAGACAUUAAAUUAUAAAACCAGAACUUUCUCACAAUUGGCAACUCUUUAAUUUGUUUUUAUUGAAUUUCUGAUUGAUAUAUUAAAUAUUUUUAUAUUAAACAGAUAUGAUGGUUAAUUUGCAGUAUUGUGAAAAGUUUACCUUAGAAAGUACCUGACCUAAGUUCAGCUGUUACGGGUUAAAACUAGAAUAAAACAUGUUCAUAGUUCCCCACAUAAGCAUUCGUCUUCUUUUUUUUUUUUACUUUACUUAAGUCCAUCUUUAAAAUUAUAUAGAUCAUCGUCUUUAAGGUCUUUAAAUCAAUCAAUCAAUCAAUCAAAUUUUAUUUGUAUAGCACAUUUCAGCAGCAAGGCAUUUCAAAGUGCUUUACAUCAUUACAAACACAGAAACACAAUGCAACAUAGAAUCAAUAAUCAUCAAUAGAAUCAAUAAUUUAAAUGUGGUAAAUAGGUCUUUGCAGCCUAUUUACCUCAGUUUAAUUACCUUCUGUGCUUGUUGGUUAGAUAAAUGUGUUUUAUCUAACCAACAAUCUAAAACAACUCUUUGUCCAAGUUUCUUUUUUCACAGAGCGUACACUUCACAUAAACAGCUUCAUAUGAAAAACAUUAAGUCCACAGUUUUCAAAAAUAUGUUUUUUAAAUGCAUUCAUGCGCAGCACAAACACAAAGGCAUUUUUUUAGCACCCUGUCAGUGUAUAACUAAGUAAACUCUAAGUUACUAAAUAAAACUUAGGCACGAUUCAAACGAUUACUUCUAUUUUAUAGAAGUAAUUGUGAUGUUUUUUAAGCUAAAUCAAAUGAUUUACUAUCACCCUCAGAUCGCUCACCUGUUAUCCAGUGGCGUUUUCAUAACGGUUAACUUAUGAAAGAAAAAUAGCAGCAAGAAAAAAUAAUCUAUUCACUGAAUUUAAUCACAAUACCACGCUACGCAGCUGUGGGAGAAAUACUAUAAAAUAAGACAGAAGAUCCAAGUGUUGAGGUAAAUUUGACUUUUCCAUCACAACUUUACCUUCAGAAACAUCUGAAAGGGGCUUCAUUUCUCAGUUAGAAGAAAUCUGCCUUUUGUUUUGGUUAAGCUAGUAUUUCGUUUCUUUGAAAAUCAUUCCUCACGUGACACUAAUCCAUUUACAACAAUGUCAAAUCACAACCAAAGGCAUUUCGGUGGAAGCCAUCGGUCAUAGAGAUGCGUCUGCAGGCCGUGUAACCUGUGCCUGCAUGGCUGUUGUUUGUAGCGCCCCGCUGUAGCUCACUUGGUAGCAAGCAGCGUGUGUGUCAGCUCUCCACGCGACUGCUUUCACUUGUUAGGAGACGAGAGUUCGGCUGGAUCUAUAAGAGGCUGUAGCAGGACCCAGGGACCCGGCUGUGGAGGCACAGCAGGUGUGCUGCUGGAUCCGCACAGAGUGUAGACAACCAGUCCACAACCACAAGACCAAUCGAUUUCUACUUCCUUAAAAAUGGCUUGAGUCACUUUUUCAACUUUAUUUGUGUUGUUCAGUAUAAAACCUUUUCCAUUCGAUAAUGAAAGGAUGGACAGGGUUCGUUUAUCACAAGCUAGCUGUGUGUUUGUGACAUUCAGGUUGAUUUUGUUCAAACGAUGCUGACGAUGAAGGGAGACGGAAACUCAAACUUGUUACUUCAAUGCUGCUUUUAUUAUUAUUAUUAUUAUUAUUAUUAUUAUUAUUAUUAUUAAUGCGAUGGUUAUGGUCUUAUCUUCUGUUUUUAUUGGUUGGAAUGAGGAGAAUGGGACCAUUUCAAGAGUUUAGCGGAAUCAAUUAAACAGAAGUAUGAAAUGUGAAUAAAAGCCAAGUGACAUUAAAA